AUGGAUUCCAAGCUGCUGAUUGGACCGGGGAUCCCCACGCCGGACCCGACCGCCCGGGCACCCUUGAACAUCAGCUCCAUCAGUCCGCACCGCCUCAUGGAGCUGACCCCAGUCGCUACAGCUGGUUCCAUGGUUUCGAGCAACCCAUUUCCAACAGUAGACGUUCCAGACCACGCUCACUACACCAUCGGCGUUGUCAUCCUGGCCGUGGGAAUCACAGGCAUGCUGGGAAACCUCUUGGUCAUUUAUGCCUUCUGCAGGAGCCGGAGCUUGCGGACACCAUCCAAUAUUUUCAUUAUUAACCUGGCAGUCACAGACUUCCUCAUGUGUCUUACUCAGACGCCCACCUUCUUCAUCACCAGCAUGCACAAGCGAUGGAUCUUUGGGAAAAAAGGCUGUGAGUUGUACGCCUUCUGCGGAGCGCUGUUUGGUAUCUGCAGUAUGAUGACACUAAUGGUGAUUGCUGUGGACCGGUAUGUGGUGAUCACCAGGCCUCUGGCCUCCCUGGGGGUGAUGUCGCACAGGAAAGCCCAGAGCAUUGUGGCUGUGACCUGGGUGUACUCUAUGGGCUGGAGCCUGCCCCCUUUCUUUGGCUGGAGUGCCUACGUCCCGGAGGGUCUGAUGACGUCAUGUUCCUGGGACUACAUGACGUUUACCCCUUCUGUCCGCUCCUACACAAUGCUGCUCUUCACCUUCGUCUUCUUCAUCCCUCUCUCCAUCAUCAUCUUCAGCUACUGCUGCAUCUUCAGAGCCAUCCGACACACAACGCGAGCCAUAACAAAGAUCAAUUGUGAGGGAACCAGAGACUCUGCAAAGAGGUUCCAUAAGAUGAAGAGCGAAUGGAAGAUGGCCAAGAUCGCACUCAUCGUCAUCCUGCUAUUUGUCAUCUCCUGGGCCCCUUACUCCUGUGCAGCCCUCACUGCAUUUGCAGGGUACGCUGACAUGUUGACUCCGUAUAUGAACUCUGUUCCUGCUGUGAUCGCCAAAGCAUCUGCAAUCUACAACCCCAUCAUAUACGCCAUAACACAUCCCAAAUACAGGUCAGCGCUUAGCAAGUAUAUUCCCUACCUCGGGGUACUGCUGUGCGUUCCUGGCAGAGACCGGUUCAGCAGCAGCAGUUUCCUGUCCACCCGACGAUCAACCCUCACCAGCCAAUCAGAGAGCAAGGGCCCCAGCAAGCCCCGCAACUCCUCCCUGUCUGAGAGCGAAUCAGCCCACUUUUCAGACACGGAGGAGGACUGCUCGUCUCGGACGCCCGUCAGUCGUCAGUCGUACAGUGAUGUCAAACAGGUGCGUCAUAGCAGCCAGAGGUCAAAGGUGAGAGGUCACAACAUCGGGGAGUUUGAGAGAACUGCCGCCCACAACCCCACUGACCCGGCCAUAUGUCUCCUCUCACAGGUCACGACUCUGACGGAACCUGAAGACAUCUUCAUGUCGGACAUCAGUGUGCAGCCAACCAGCCGUCUGCCUGCUACUCUGGAGAACGUGACGGAGGAGUCAGGGCCAAGGACUGCGUGUAAGACAUCAUCCGUCAUUGUCACCUCUAUAUCCAGCCCGUCUAUACUGCAUAGUCCGCCGGGUUUCCAUGGCAACCUCAAACUGACCAAAACUUACUGCCCGGUUGCCAAGGAGCCCCUUGAUAUCGCCAGGCUGGAGACUACAGCUUUGCCAUGAACAGCUGGACAAAAGAGUAACAACAGUGUGUAACUGUGUGUGUGUGUGUGUGUGUGAAUUUCAGUAUCUCCCUCCAUGAGACUUUUCUGUACCGGCAUGCUGUUCGCUAUUCACGGUAACUCAAAACCAGAGCAUGCUCUUCUUCAUUUUUUUUGCACAGCACAGUGUGAGUAUGCGAGCGCGAAUGCCCACUAAACUUAAAUUUAAAUGCGAGUGUGCGUAUUCGCGCACAUGAACGUGUUUCACUUUGUCUGACAUAUCACGGUGGUUGGAGAUGGUUUACCUCGGAGCCGGAGGCAACAGGUUAGCCUUAAAAACACAAUAUGAAAAGCUGUCUUUGUCCAGGGUUGAGUAUCAGUUAGAUUUUUAUUUAU